AUGGUCAAGACAUUCCAGUUCCAGGACAUCCAAGUCCCAUCUCCAGGCUUUGGUUGCAUGGGUCUCAGUCACGGAUUGGGUAGCAACCUCAGCCUUGAACAAGCCGAGCCCGUUCUCCUCAAAGCCAUUGAACUCGGUUGCACUUUCUGGGACACUGCCGUCGUGUACCAGGCUGGUGUGAACGAAAAGCUUCUGGGAGACUUCAUCCGAAAGCACAACGUCCGUGACAAGGUGUUCAUUGCCUCAAAGUGCGGCGUCGCAUGCUUUGAUGGCGAGUCAGGUGUAACGAAUAGCCCAGCUCAUAUCAAGAAGUACAUCGAUGGUACCAUUGAGAGGCUGGGAUUUACACCCGACCUCUACUACCUCCACCGCAUCGACCCCAAAACGCCGCUAGAGGAGUCCAUCCCUGCCCUCGACGAAUGCCGCAAGGCAGGCAAAACCAAGUACAUUGGCCUUUCCGAGUGCUCAGCCAAGACACUCCGAAAAGCGAACUCAAUCGCCAAAAUCCACGCCAUCCAAGCCGAAUACUCCGCCUUCGAAACCCUCCACGAAACCGACGACCUCAUCGCCACCGCCGCUGAACUCUCCAUCUCCUACAUCGCGUACUCACCCCUCGGCCACGGCUGGCUCGUCGACAACUUCGACUACGCGUCGCCCGACGACUUUGCGCCUGACGACUUCCGGCGCACUGUCCCGAAAUUCCAAGGCGAGAAUUUCUAUCGCAAUAAAGCGAUUGUGGAGGAGAUUAAGAAGUUGGCGAAGAAGAAGGGGUGUUCGACGAGUCAGAUUGCGCUGGCUUGGGUAAGUGGUCAGGGGAUGAUGCCGAUUCCGGGGACGACGAAGGUGGGGAGGUUGGAGGAGAAUUGGGGGAGUAGGGAUGUGGAGUUGACGGAGGAGGAGAUGGCGGAGAUGAGGAGGAUUGUUGAUCAGGCGAAGCCGGAGGGGGAGAGGUAUGGAGAGGCGCAUCGGGCUUGGGUUGGACAUUGA